GGUCCAAGUGCAAGGCGUCACCAUAUAAAAUCUCUGACUUCACAAGCUCCCCGGGUUCCGAAGGAGAACAACGACAACGGCCACAACUAUCACCAGCAAAACAAACAUCGAAGCGUAUAUCCAGCAAGCCACACACUAUCGAGCACAAUGUCUGGACCCAAAGUCAUCAUUGUCACCGGCGGAAGCAAGGGCAUUGGCCUUGCUGUCGUGCAGGACCUACUGAAAGCCAAGCACAAGGUUGUCCUUGUUGCCAGGACGUCCUUUGGCGUUAGCGAGCUCGUGAAGGUUUAUCCAGACCAGGUCAAAUUCCUGUCCGCCGACAUGACAGUGCCCGAUCUUGCUCUCCUUUCUUACGGAAAGCUUGAUGGUGUUGUUGUCAACCAUGGAGUAAUUGAUCCCAUCGCACGUCUGGCCGAUGCUUCCAUCGAGGAUUGGAAGAAGUGCUACGAUGUGAACGUCUUCAGUGCCCUUUCCAUUGUCAAAGAAGCCAUCCCCCAUCUACGAGCCACCAAGGGCAAGAUCAUCUUCGUAUCCUCGGGCGCCGCUUUCAAGGCAUAUGCCUCUUGGGGAGCAUACGGCUCUUCCAAGGCCGCGUUCAACUCAAUUUGCCGCCACGUUGCCGUGGAGGAGCCAGACGUCACAGCAGUGGCAGUCAGCCCAGGACGGGUUGAUACCGACAUGCAGAAGGAAAUACGCGAGAAGGGCCAAGGCGCCAUGUCAGAUAAAGAGUACGCUGACUUCGUCUCGGUCUUCGAGGAAGGUAAGCUCAACAAGCCUGAGUGGCCUGCCCAGGUCAUCGCGAAGCUGUCACUUGACGCCAAGUCUGACCUGUCCGGUAAAUACGUCGAGUGGAACGGACCGGAGGUUGCGGAGUAUCGUGAGCAGCAGUGUGGUACUAGGAAACUUUUGUCUAGUUAGCAACCAUAUCUGGAAAAAGUAACGAAGACAGGAGAAGAUAGUAAUGGGGCAAGAAGUCAGUCGAAAGAUGAAAAGGCUGUACUUGUAUCAACAUAGAAAUUCAGUACUAGCAUGGAAGUAAGUUGAUUCAUCACAUUGCCAUGUUUGUUUGUGCUUGUGUUCGAGAAAGUAAAAAAAAAAAUGUACCUACUGUGUCAAGUCAUCACUAGAGCGCAAGCGGCAUUCCUAC